AUGAGUGACAUGCGGCUGUUCAUUUACUGCAAUGAAGCGGGCUCGGAGGGCAAGGUGAUGAGCCUCAAGUCCAAGGACAGUGUGACAAAGCUGAAGAAAGUAGCGAGCAAGAAGCUACGAGUGCGUGCCAAGCGGCUGUUCUUGGCCAGCGGUGCCGAGAUCUCGGACGUGGACGAGCUGCAGAACAACGACACACUCUACGUCUCCCAGGGCGAGGCUUUCUACAAGGCUAUUGGGCCUGCAAACGGACAGGAGACUUUCCACAUGUCUGUGCUGGGAUCCGGUGGUGUGGGCAAGAGUGCACUCACGUUGCGCUUUGUGCGCGACUAUUUUGUAAAAGACUGGGACCCGACGAUUGAAGAUGCGUACAGGAAAUCCAUCUCGGUGGACGAAGGACUGUGUAUGCUGGAGAUUCUGGACACUGCAGGGCAAGAUGAUUUCGAGUCACUGAGAGGGCAGUGGAUGAUGGACAAGGAUGGAUACGUUUUUGUGUACAGUAUGGACUCGCGGAUUUCUCUUCAUGAACUGCAACCGUUCUUUGACCUGCAUCUUCAGAUCAACGAGAGUCGACGUCCAUUGCCACCUAUUAUUCUCGUGGCCAAUAAGAAGGAUGUGGUAGACCGCGACCCGGCCAAGUGCCAAGUGAGUACGGAGGAAGGUCGACGGAUAGCACACUCGUACAACGCGCGCUACAUCGAGACGAGUGCGUUGACGGGAGUGAAUGUGACGGCCGUAUUCGAGACGUUUGUGCGCGAGGUGCGUCGAAGGAAGGUGCCCAAGCCCAAGAAAAGCGCGUGCUCCAUUCUAUAG